CCGCGUGGUCAACGUGGCCAGUGUGAUGGGCCGCGUCUCCUGCUUCGGCGGCGGGUACUGCAUCUCCAAGUUCGGCGUGGAGGCCUUCUCCGACAGCCUCAGGCGGGAGAUGCGUCCUUUUGGGGUGCAGGUCUCCAUCAUCGAGCCCGGCGGGUUCCGGACGGCGAUGAUCGACCCUGUGCCGCUGGCCCAGGACUUCACGCGCCUCUGGGAGCGGCUCCCAGCAGAGACCCGGGCAGCCUACGGACACCGGUACCCGGACAGACUGUCCAGGAGGACCCUCCUCGUGCACCGCCUGAGCAGCUCCCGCCUGUCCCCCGUCACCGCUGCCAUGACCCACGCGCUGCUCUCCCGCCGCCCCCGCAGCCGCUACGCCGCGGGCUGGGACGCCCGAAUCAUCUUCCUGCCGCUCAGCUACUGCCCGGCCUGGCUGUCCGACACCCUCCUGGGCCUCCUCCUGCCCACCCCGGCCCGCGGGACCCCCUGAGAUGGGCCAGCAGGGCGGGACACGGUGCCCGCUG